AUGAAAUCAGCUUUGUUGGUUGUUGUUUUGAUUGCCUGUCUCUAGGCAACUACAGUUUCUGAACUCAAGGAAAGACUAUCAGGAUAUGGUGAUCAUCCUUUUGGAUCAUCCAUGAUAAAUUUAGUAAGUGUUAACAUGAAAACAGGAGGAUCAUUAAAUGAAUUAAAAUAGCUCUUAUAAUAAAUUAAGGAUGAAUUGAUAGCCUUAACCUAAUUGUAAGACUAAGAAAGUGCCACUUUUACUAGAAGAAGUCAAGUUGAUUUGGCUAAACUCUAAGCCACUCUUGAAUAAGCUUAAUAAGAUCUUGACAAUUAAAGAUAAGAACAAUCAAGUUUGACCAAUGAAUUAAGUACAUUACAAACAAGAGUCAAAGAAGAUUAGGCAGCCUUAGAUCGUAAUUCUAGAGGAAGUGGUGAUGCCCAAGGCAGAUUGGAUGCUGAAAACACAGAUUUUGCUGCUAAAUUUUAAGAUUAUAGUGAUGCUAUUCUUGCAUGCAAGGAAGCUUAAAGAUUACUUCUUAAUUUGAGAGGAGAAGGAGCAUCAUUAAUAUAAUUGACAUAAGACACAAAGAGCAAUCUCAUCUAAACCAAAGAGAAUUUCCAAAAGAUCAAAGAAAUCUUAGAAGCACACACAAAGAAAAGCUCAUUAACAUUGUUCCAACCAAUCAUUGAAGGAUUAGCUGAAAUGACCACCAAAGUCAAUCCAGAAACUCUAAAUAAUGUUUUGAGCUUAGUUGCUAGAUUAAUCACUGCAUUACAAGAAGGUUAAGAUUAAUUAGAGGCUAACCACAAGACUUAAGUUGAAAAUCUCACUAGAUUAGGUGAUGAUUUGAGAAAUGAAAAAUAAACUCUCCAAGUUUCAUUGGCUACUGCAAAUAAUAGACUCAAGGAGAUCUAAUCAAGAUUAAAUGAAUUAGAUGGACUAAUUAAUAUUUCUAAUGCCAUCGUUGAAGUUACUCAAUUAAAUAUUCAAGAUGCAACUAGAAUUAACGAAUUGGAAGAUCAAGAAUAUAGUAAUCAAAAAGUCAGCAGAUAAACUGAAAUUGACAUCGUAGAUAGAUUAAUUGAAUACAUCAACCAAAAGUUAUCUGAAUGAUUUAUACAUAAUAAUAAUCAUCCAAAUUUAACAUUUAUCUAAUGCACUUUCAAA